AUGGCCGGAGCAUGGACGAAGCGCGGCUGCAGCGUGCCGGCGCUGGGGUGGCGGCUCAUCGCCGUCGGCUGCUUCCGCUCCGCCUACAUCUGGUCCUGCUUCUUCGGCUCCGCGGCGAUGUGCUCGGCCACCUACUCCGAGAUACCGAUGACCGGCGUACUUUGGCGAACGGUUGCAGUGUGGACUCUGCUGUGGUGCACGCUGUGCUUCCUAUGCGCCUUCAACCUCGGCAGCAAGCUGCUCUACGCGGCCACCUUCCUGUCCUUCCUCUACGCCCUCGGCUACCUAACCGUCGAGUGUCUGGUGUACCACACCAUCCGUGCCGCUAGACUCUCCCUGUUCAUCUUCAUCGCAGGGACAUCCAUGGUUUGGAUGCUUCUUCAGUGGAACUCCAACGGCCAUGGAACCCGUCCGCGUGAGGCUACCAAGCAGCAAUGA